AUGCGCAACGCACUCCUCGCACUCAGCUGCUGCAUAAAAGCAGCAGCAGCCAUGUCGCCGCGCGAAGCCUUGGCGAAACGCGUCGUCGCCUCGCCCGCACCCGUGCUCGCGCCGCUGACGCGGGCGGGCACGGCGCCCUUCCGUGCGCUUUGCCGAAGGCACGGCGCCGACGCGACGAUGGGCGAGAUGAUUUUCGCACGGCAGUUGUGCAAGGGCGACCGCCGCGAGCAGGCGAGGUUGCGGCGGCCCGAGGCCGAGACGCUGUUCGGGGCCCAAAUCGCGACGAACCAGAUCUCCGAGGGCGUCGCGGCCUGCGUGUUAGCGGAGGAGGCGGGCGCGGCGUGGGUCGAUCUGAACUGCGGCUGCCCUAUUUAUGAGGCGACGCGGCGAGGUCUGGGCUCGGCGUUGCUGAGGAAGCCGGCGAAACUCGCGAGGCUCGUCGGCGGGCUCGUCGAGGGGAGUCCGCUACCGGUAUCGGUCAAGAUCCGGUUGUCUCCGGCGGGCAACAAGGACGUGAACGCGCUGGAACAUAUCGAAGCAUUGGCGGCGCUCGACCACAAGCCGGCCUUCGUGACGCUGCACGCGCGGACGGCGACGCAGCGCUACGGCCGCGCGGCGACGUGGGAGGACGUCGAGGCCUGCGCGCGCAAGGCCGGCGAAAAUUUUCCGGUGCUCGGGAAUGGCGACGUGCUGACGCACUUCGAGGCCCGGAGGAAGCGCGCGGUCGCGCCGACGGCGGCGGGGCUCAUGGUCGGGCGCGGGGCGCUGAUCGGUGCACAAAUCAAAUUUUUUUGAGCACAUAACUCACUGGUGGAUUUGCGCACAGGCGCUGAUCAACCCGUGGCUAUUCGACGAUAUCCGGAACGAGAAGUCCUGGCUGCCGACCGCCGCGGAGCGGCUCGAGGUCUACUACUCGCUGGUGGCGGGCUACCGGGACACGUUUGGCGACGACGAGCGCGGCCGGAAGACGGCCUGGUACUUUGUGCCCUUCCACUUCAACUUCUUCCACCGGUGGCGGCCGCUGAGUGAGGAGCACUUCGGCGCCUUCGAGAUCCCACUCAUCCAGAAUGGCCGGGCCGUUGACGCGGCGCUGGAAGAGAUCGAGGGGCCCCGCGCCGCGUUGGCCCCGCUCGAGCAGCUGCUCCGCUGCGCGCACGCCGACGCCGGCGAGGCCAUCGCCGACGCGCUCUGGUCGAGUUAUAGCGUCGCCGACGCCGUGGCCGCAGUCACGAGGCUCGCGACGCCCGAGCACCUCGCGGCCUGGGAGCAGCCCGACGCCGAGACGCGGGACGAGGACGAGGGGCAUUCCUCGUCAUCGGCGGGGAAGAAGCGUGGCGGCGGCGGGAGGCGCAAUUCAUAG